ACCCUAACAACCGAUUGUAAACAAUGGAGAAGUUUGGAUUGGCCUGUCCGUUGGCAUUUCUAGCCAGCAAACCGCACCGAAUGAAAACAAAUAUAUUGGAUUUAAAUUACGAUUGCUAUGUGCAUAUAUUCUCGUAUCUGACCGCGCUCGAAGACAAAUUAAAUCUAGCUCGAGCACAUUCGCAAUUUCGCGAAGUCUUGGCACGCGACGCUCCUCGUCGUUUUGUUAAGAUAAAUAUGCGGAUGCUGAAAUGCCUUUCCGAUUGGGAAUAUCUCUUAAAGCUGUGCGGUGACUGUGUGCUCGAGUGCGAGCUGCGCCAUGGACGCUGGGACAAUAAUAUCACUCAACCGUUCAUGUGCCUCCUAAACUCACACUGCCAGAAUUUGAGGCAUUUGCAUCUCAUAUUCGCGCAUUCCGAUCUAAAGCCACCGGCCGAGGGGGAUCUAAAUAUUUUACAAGUGCUUGAACGUAAGAAUCUGCAUAGCCUCAGCCUAAUCGACGCUAAGGCAGCUGAUGUUCUACAGCUGCACAACUUUAUUGAAUUAGAGGCUUUGCAUAUUGAUGGCUUCGACGCAGAGUUAAAAGACAAGGACAUCAUAGAACAGUUUAAGGCUUUAUCAGGAUUGCGUCGACUUUCGCUACGUUUUGUUUCGCGGCGUCAGUUGCCGCCUCUGGCUGCCCAUUGCCCGCUGUUGGAGCAUCUGUCCCUGGAAAACUUUGAAGGAACGCUGGAGGAUGUGGGUGACUUUCCCAGACUGAGGUCUCUCAGGUUGCUUUGGCGUUUGACAAUUUGUGUGAAUAGUCAGCUCUUUCGAUCAUUGGCUAUGCGUUAUGCGAACCGUUUGGAGCAGCUGCAGCUAACGAAGGUCAAUUGGGAGUACGUCGAGCAUAUAGUAAUGCUUCAAAAUCUGAAAGCGCUCACCUGCUACAUGUGGCCGGCCACACUACUUGGAUACAUAAGCAAAUUGGAACAACUGGAGUGCUUGGCAUUACAGUGCACUGAGUCUCCAGCUAGCAUGAUGCAAUUGGUGGACGUAGUUGCCAAGUGCACAAAGCUCCAACACUUGAAGCUGGGCAAGCGCUGGGGACUUGAGGAAUGGAGUAGCUUUCUAAUCGCCUUACAAGAGGAGCUGCGCGAACAGGCAUCAAAUGCAGCACGCCGCCCGCUGAUGUUGACGCUAGAGCUAUCAACAUCGAAAGCAACACAAAACCAGUUAAGUAAUACUAUAAAUUCGCAAUUACUGCAAUUGGAUUGGCUUGGCACCGCUUGCUCGCUGUGUACACCCGAUCGCCAUACAAAGCCAACGAUUCCAGGCUUAAAUUGGCUCUGAAGGACUUACCUCGCAAUGCGUUUGCUCGAUG